GCCACAGAAGCAGCAGCGUGUGUCAACUCCAUGUACUUUGUUCGCACUAACCCAGUGCAUCCAUAUAGAAAGUACACCACUACUCUCAUGACAGUGGAUGAAAUGGUUGAUCGCGCCAUUAAAAUGCUUCAAGAGUGCACCGAGAAGAAGAGAGCCAUUUCCAGACAUUCGCCGCUGCAGCCGAAAUGCAGCCCGGGCACUUCCACACCCAGACACACGCAAGAAGACCAAGAAGACACGGAGUCUACAAAAAGUGAUGUCACCGAACGUGUGGAAGACAGACCUGCUCCAGACCACAACGUGUCUCUAAUGAGCAGGAUAAAGAGAUUCUUCAAAAAGCCACCUUCCAGACCGUCACCACCAACACCAACACAGAUGCCCGACGAAACGGUGACACCUGUGGAAGCCUUUUUGCUUCCGGACACAGCUUCCGUGUCCGCCUUUGCACCUGACGAGAACCCUGACGAGAAUUCAAGAGCAAAGGAAGAAAUAUUCGUGAACAGCGUUACCAAGGACCUGAUUUCACGAGCCCUUAAAAAGUCAGGGAUGACCUACACUAUAGAUUCCCUAGAUGACGUCCACCAGGGACUGUUCGACAAAAUCUUGGAAGAGGUCGACAGCAAAGAUUUUAAUAUCGACUUAAACAAGUUGAAGGAGCUGGACAAAGCCAUUGUCAAGGACCUCAGUAAAAGACUACACUGCUCCACGAAAACUGUGGGGAUACUUAUAAUCUUAAAAAAUCCACGUGUAAAAGACUUGAUCGUGUCUUCUUUUAAGAAGCAGUUGAAGAGACACUCCGAGGAGCCUGGCACCAUCAGAGAGAUGUUCACAGCAAUUGGAAGAACUUUAACCUACCCGACAUACGGCCCCACAAUCCUGGUGUUUUAAAAGUUAACAUCUACAUCUUCAUUGAUGAAUCCAACUCAGAGCUCAAGCAGGAGGUUACCCACUUCCCCUCCCCGUCCCCCCCACUGAUUGCUGCAAGUCAGAGAGCAGUGGAGGACGGGGUUACUUACAUCCGGGGACACCUUCUUCUUCACUAGUUGCUGCGAGUCAGAGAACAGUGGAGGAGGGGGUCACCUGAAUGUGGGGACACUUCCUGUUCCUGACCUGUUUGUGGGUUUACCUUUUCCUCUGCUGGAAUCUGCUAGACGGAGACCAGUGGAGCAGGAGGACGCCCACGAAUGGGUCAGGAAUUUGAGCGCGUAUCAUCAUCUUGUUGGACACCAGGACCACCUGACAACCAGAGGGCCAAGGAUUGACUUUUCCUGACUGUGGCGCCUGUACUGCACCGUCACCCUACUGCCACCCUACUGCCACCCUACUACUACUACUUCUCUUCACCUGCUAUCGAAAUAAUAAAAAAAAAAAAAAAAAAAAAAACUAUUUGCAGUUUUCUUUAUAACAAGUUAAAAAUAAUAAAUAAUACAAAUAAUAAACAAUAAAUGACUAUAUACAGUACAUACUUUAGUUUCAAUAUGAUGGUGGAAUUUACGUGGACGGAUACUGCUUCAGCUUCAUAGAAACACAGAUUUUCACAUUUUAAAUCCUUUAAAACACAAUCAAAGAGAGUGUGAGCUUGUAAAUCUGACAUUGGAGCCCCGUACUUUGGUUUUCCAACAGAAAUAAAUGAAGGAAAAAGAUUUGGGUAUGGAGAUAAAUGAAAACUGGUUAAAUAUUUGUGAUAGAAUACAUUUUCCAUUUACGGGUAAUAAAAUAAAAGAAACAAGUUUCAAAUUUAGCCACAGACUUUACCUCACUCCAAUGAUAAUGCAUAAAAUCUCCAAAAGUAAUUCACCAUUUUGCCUGAGAUGUAAAAGC